GGCACGCAUGACGCGGGCGUGUGGGAGGGAGAGGGGGCGGCGCUCGGUGACGGACGGUGGAGUUGGUCGUCGCUGGUCGUUAUCAUCACAGCCAGAGAGACGUUGAGAGACAGCGAACCGGAGCCAUGGCGGAGCUGCUGAAGAAAGGUCUGUCCGUGCCGGUGGAGGCGCGAGGGGUGAAGGAGGCGCUGAAGGCCAAGGAGGUGAAGGAGAACGCCAACGCCGAGCGGGCGCAGGGCGGCGAGAAGAUCAAGGCGGAGGUGGACAAGUUCUCCCUCAGCCCCGAGGCGCAGAAGGAGCCCAACCUGGCCGUCUUCAACAACGACAGCGGCGCCAUCGCCGCGCACAAACCUGUGAAGAAGCAGAUCCAGUUUGCAGAUGAAAAGCAGGAGUUCAGCAAAUUCCCCACCAAAAGCGGCAGACGGUCUCUGUCGCGAUCCAUUUCCCAAUCUUCCACGGACAGCUACAGCUCAGCGGCAUCGUAUACUGACAGUUCUGAUGAUGAGACAUCUCCCAGGGACAAGCAGCAGACAAAUUCAAAGAAUAACAGUGACUUCUGUGUAAAGAACAUCAAGCAGGCCGAGUUUGGACGCAGGGAGAUUGAAAUUGCCGAGCAAGAAAUGUCAGCCCUUGUCGCUCUCCGGAAACGAGCUCAGGGUGAAAAACCACUCGCUGGGGCUAAGAUUGUGGGCUGCACCCACAUCACUGCACAAACUGCGGUCUUAAUUGAAACUCUGGGAGCUCUUGGAGCGCAGUGUCGCUGGGCUGCCUGUAACAUCUACUCCACACAGAAUGAAGUGGCUGCUGCACUUGCUGAGGCUGGAUUUGCAGUGUUCGCUUGGAAGGGCGAGUCGGAAGAUGAUUUCUGGUGGUGCAUCGACUGCUGUGUCAAGAUGAAUGGCUGGCAACCAAAUAUGAUUCUGGACGACGGUGGUGAUUUGACUCACUGGGUCUAUAAGAAAUAUCCUAAUGUGUUCAAAAAGAUCAGAGGCAUUGUGGAGGAAAGUGUAACAGGUGUUCACAGAUUGUAUCAGUUGUCUAAAGCAGGCAAGCUCUGUGUCCCAGCCAUGAAUGUGAAUGACUCGGUCACCAAGCAAAAGUUUGAUAAUCUCUACUGCUGCAGGGAGUCCAUCCUAGAUGGGUUAAAGAGAACAACGGACGUCAUGUUUGGUGGGAAGCAGGUUGUAGUGUGUGGAUACGGAGAGGUGGGCAAAGGUUGCUGUGCUGCUUUGAAGGCUCUUGGUGCUGUUGUGUACGUGACUGAGAUUGAUCCGAUUUGUGCUCUGCAAGCUUGUAUGGAUGGAUUUCGAGUGAUGAAACUGAAUGAAGUCAUACGGCAAGGAGAUUUGAUCAUUACCUGUACAGGUAACAAGAAUGUUGUAAACAGAGAACAACUUGACCGAAUGAAAAACGGGUGCAUUGUCUGCAAUAUGGGUCAUUCCAACACAGAGAUUGAUGUGGCCAGCCUGCGUACUCCUGAACUAACCUGGGAACGCGUGAGGUCUCAAGUCGAUCAUGUGAUCUGGCCAGACGGGAAGCGGGUCGUGCUUCUAGCCGAGGGUCGUCUUCUUAACUUAAGCUGUUCAACUGUGCCUACCUUUGUGCUUUCAAUCACAGCGACCACUCAGGCUCUGGCUCUAAUCGAGCUCUACAACGCGCCCGAGGGUCGCUACAAACAAGAUGUCUACCUUCUCCCCAAGAAGAUGGAUGAGUAUGUGGCCAGUCUGCAUUUGCCAACCUUUGAUGCUCACUUGACGGAAUUGUCUGAUGAUCAGGCAAAAUAUCUUGGCCUGAAUAAAAAUGGACCUUUCAAACCGAAUUACUACAGGUAUUAGCGGGACCAGAAUCCAAAUGGUUGAAACCAGGACCAAGUUGUCCGAAGCCUCAAUAGAAGAAUGUAUAGUAGGAGCAAGCCUAGCUGUUUAAAUGCUCGCUAAAUGUAAUUGAAGAGCAUUUCUGCGCAGCUAGGCACCUUAUUUCUUUAACAGCCUGUCUUUUGCUUGUAUUUUCUUUUCUAUUCUAAUUACAAAUGAGUGUUUUGAUUUAUAAUUUACUGCCGAGAGAUAUAACUGUCUCACUGCAUUGUGACAGUGCUGUCUUAGUGAAAUCACUUGAACCUGUAUGAUAUGAUUGUUCUGUAAUUUAAAAUAAUUAUCUUUGUUUGCUUUGGUUUUUUUCCCUGUUAGUUUUAGUCCACAGCCUGAGCUUAAAGCUCAGUUUGGCCUCAGUUCCAAAAGAUGCUCUUGAUUUUAACCAUGAUUUUUUUUUUAAACCCCCCAAAAAAACCUGUACCUGGUGGUCAUUGGAUCCUAUUUGGCAAUUGCCACUUUUGUCGUCUGAUACUUCUGUCUUUCCCUGAAUCAGCGCUGACCGUAUUUAAUGACGAGUAUCAAGAUUUAAACUAACCAGUCAGUACAGAAGCAGCUGUAAAUAUCACUGGGUUACCAAAAACAAGAUGUGAAAUGGUUUUGUUUGAGAAUUUCAGUUUUGCGUUUCCCUCUCCCUCCAGUGCUACCCUUGUACGCCUUAAUAUAUCGGCACCAUAAAAUACUAAAUUUCCGAUCGUGAAUCGUUUUCAAUCAGGCAAAGAAAACAAAAGCUUGCAUCUGUUAAUUCGGUGGGGAAAAAUAAGUUCGACAGGUCAGUCUUCGAAUUCUGGCCAUUUAUAUUUUGACAAAAUCAAACUGGGACAAGUUCGUGCCAUUAUUCCACAGACACUUGUUGCAUACAACACGCACACAAAACAUUUCCGAGAUUAUGUACCGAUUGUGAUGGAGCUUUUUGUUAAAAAAAAAACCACCAGCAAAAUCUUCAGAGCAUUUUCAGAACCUUAUACGAGCACUAGAUGGUGACCUCUCAAUGCUGUGCGUUUUAUGUCUUUGAGGUUGGAUACCCAAUCGUGGGACCAGAAAGUACUUUCACUCCAGUUACAUGAAAAUAUAUAUUUUAAAAAAAAUAAUAAAGAAUUUUAAAAUCA